CAGAUUGUGAACUGGCCUCAUAGCGUGUUCUGCAUUCGGUCCUAAAGAGUUCUUCGCACGCUUUCUACAGCACACAUCGUAUAGCAUCAUCAUGAAGUGCGACGCAGUGAUCGAGAAAAUUAAGGCCCGCAUUGCCUCGAUCGACCCGAACGGUCCGCGUAAGGUGCUCGGUGUGUUCCAGCUGAACAUCGAGGCUGCCGAUGGCAUCCACGAGAUUGUUGUCGAUCUGAAGGCACUGAAGGUGUCGGACGGUAAGGCCGGAUCGCCCGAUGUGGUGAUCAACCUGAAGGAUGAGGACUUCAUCGCCAUCGGUACGAAGCAGGUCCCGGUGAAGGAUGCCGUCGCCGAGGGCAAGGUGACGAUGACUGGCGAUCAGACCCUCUUCCAGGCUUUGGUGGACGCUAUCUAAGCAAUGAUUUUGACCCUCUUGCAAUAAACUAUCAAACUUUCUAAUGAACAACUUGUCUGUGCAAGCAUGAUCUAAGAUUGUCGUUAUAUUGAGAAAAAUUUAAUUAUUAGCUUUCAAGCGUUAACGCAAUAUAUCGUCUUGAGGUCUCGAGGUCUCGAAUGAUUUCUGGAGCUUGGAAUGUUGGGCUUCUGCGCAUCUUGAUCACUAUGGGCCUAGUUACUAUCAUAAUUUCCACAAAUACCUAUCUGAGUUCUAAGUGGCUAAGGAGAAAGAAUUCUCUCUAAUUUAAUGGUAUCGAUAGGCUUUCCUUCUGCGCCCAAACCAUCGGAGCUGUUAUUGUUGUUUAGCCGACUGUUUCAGCCUGCCUGUUUGGAUCUAACUGGGGCAAGCGUAGGGAGAUAAGACUUCGCACUCAUGACUCCAUAUCUUAUAUCUGGCACAGCAUGAGUCAACGGGGAAUGGAAACGGGGUAGUUCUUCGUCUAGUUUAGUUCUAACCUCAAGUCCACUUAAAACAGGGAAUCAUUCAACAACAAAUUCUUCCGAUCGCUUCCAUUAAAGAAUUGUCGUUUUUAAACAUCUAAAUUAAUUCAUCCAUUCCACAGGAAAAGAAGUGAUAAAUGAAUGACGCAAAAAAAAACAAGCACCUAAUCGAAGCCAUUCAUUAGCAUCCCAUUUUCGCUCUUUACGCUCGAAAGUGCUUCCACACACCUGAUCGGUUUCCCGUUUAAAAUCCCCUUUUAACGCAUAUCGUUUCGUCGAUUCUGCGCCCUUUUUGGCAAGCACACAAAUUUCCCACCAUAUCGACAGCAACAACGCUCCAGCUCAGCGUUUCUAGACCAGAAUUUGGGAUAGCAGCGGAGAAGAAGAAAUGGACUGCUUCGCUUCUUAAUAGCAGCCCAACAGAACGUCAGUCAUCAUCGUGCUCGGUCGUGAUAGAGCAACAGCUCCUUCCCUCAUCCUCAUCCGUCAUCUAAUCCGUUUUCCAAUUAGCUAAUCGUCGAUCAUUCUGACAGGCCGGAGAGAGGGGUGUAGAGUAGUGUUAAACCCUUUUACGGGACUUGCACCAGAAUUCUCCCAAACGGGGGAGGAGGAGCGUUGGUAGAGAACGAGCGGAAGCUGCUUUUUUCUUCAAACAUCUCCACGAGACAGAAAGUACCGCUAACUCUGACACACACGCACAACCUGAUCUUCGCACGAAACGUCAAAGUUGCCACCGGCGGCUAGAACACGCCGGGUCCCACAUGGAAGGAUUAUCGCGACGAUGUCUUAACGCGGCACGGCAUAUCAUCCGAUAGAAAGGAGGAGAAUGUUGAUGAUGGGAAGAAAACCUUAAAUAAAAACAUACCACCCAUGACAAAAAAGUGAUCCAGCCAAACAACCUCGGAGCACCGGUGUUUGUGAAGUGGUGUUCUCGCUGUACACACAACGACCCGUUCCCUGGCUGCGAUCGAUUCGCCCCGAUCAUUAGUCCCCGGAGUGACGGAGAGCGUAAAAGUAGUGGCCCGAAAAAAAAGAGUGCGAAAACGAUCAUCUAAGAUCGUGAUGCUGCUGAUGAUCAUCGACGACGAAGGGAAGAUGAAGGAGAAUGGACAAAAACGGUUGGCUAGCUCCAGAAACCGCGGCCUUUCUUUGGGAAGGAAAUUAUAAUAAACAUGCACAGCGAAACACAGACACGCACGCACACCAGAAGAUUGGGAGUUACUGACCCGCCCGUCGCACGCGGACCAGGAAGAUCAGGUUCCGAAUGAGAUGCGCAGAAAGAGAGAAAGAUAUUUGAGGGUGAAAUUCGCUGCCGAUCGCAUUGACGUUGCAUCGCCGAUCGAGCGCCGGUUGGACGGGUUCCUGCCGGUAAGCCUCGGGGUUCGAUCUUCACGUUGACACACUUGAAGCAGUCGAAUCAGUCGAAACGAGCCGCUUGAUCCGAUCGGUUUGGACGAUCGUGCGUUCUUCCCGGUGUGUUUGAUAGUGGCCAAAGUUAGUGCUGUGAAACAUAACGCGCGAAACAUAACGCGUACGUGACCGGGUGUUGCCAAUCGGUAGCUCUCGAUUCCGCGAAAAGAGAACGCAACGCAAGGGUGAAAACAUAAAUCCGCAACAUCACGGCGAACGAAUCCAGAACUUGACGCGAACGUCAUCAGCGAGCGCCGGUGUUCGCCAGUUGUCGGAGGGGGUAGUUAAAGGAGUGCCCGACUAGAGCCUGCCUAUCGGGACACGGAUAGGAUGGCAUCGAUAAGACACAACGGACGGGCAGCAGCAUCAUGGCCGUUGCAGCUGAUAAUCGGCGGUGUUUGUGUGCUGCUGACGCUUCAGGAUCAUCCCCAGCGUGGAGCGGUGGAGGCCACGAUACCGACGAUUGAUAAUAUCGUAAAAAUCCUACAAUCACCCGUGGUACAGCAGCUCAUCCUUCCACAACCACUGAUGGCGGCCGAUCCGAGUGUGGUUGCCGACGAACCUUCGGUCAGGAAAGAACCCAAAAAACCAUCGCCCAUGCGCGACGAACCCGCUAAACAGCAACAAUCCGACGACGGCGAUGAACCGGUCCGUACAUUCCUGAUACCCCGAACCCGAUCCCUACCGGGUUGCCCGCUGUGCGAUGCCUCCGUGUACAGUUACUGCGACGAGAAGGUGUACCACGACGCGUGCUGCUGCGGUUCCAUCAAUGGGGCGGCACCGUUCGGUGGUGGUGGUGGUGGUGGCGGCGGCGCUCCAUUCGGAGGUUUCGGUGGCUUCGGACGGCAGUUCGGCGGGCCGGCUGGAUUUGGCGGUGGCUGUGGCUACAAAGGAUGUUCCUUCCUGUACGCGAACUCGUGCUACGAACAUCAGCUGAUCGUGAACUGUUGCUGCAAUUCGCCCUACUAGCGGAGAGGAAGCGAUCACAUUUUCGGACGCUCGGAUGUUCAGGGUUUUCGGGCUUCCCGGAUGUUCGGAUGGGGCACGGUUUUAGUUGAAGAAUAGUUACUCUGUCAGUUGUCACUUGUUUAAUUUAGCGAAAUUACUUGCUCUUUCCUUUCUUCCCACUCUUCUUGCUUCUUGUUUCCAUUCUAUUAUCACUUACUUGUUCGUAGGGUUAGUUUAAGUUUCGGUUUCACC